AGAGCUAGUAGCGCAGGAAAGGGCUGGAUAGAGUGUUCUCCUCUCUCUUGACACUGCGCUGUCUCUCUCUCUCUCUCCUUGCUCCCUCUUUCUCUCUCCUUGCUCCCUCUCUCCCUCUCUCCCUCUCUCCCUCUCUCUGUCUCUCUCUCUGUGUUCUCUGAUCAGUUUCGCUGUGGCUUUACAAGUUGCCGGGACGGCAGGAUGUCUCCAGUCGCGCUCUCUUGCAGCUUUCUAACAGGAGCUUGAAGAAAGCAUGCUGCAACAGGGUGGCAACUGACUGUACGAGUGAGAGAGCGAGAGAGUGUGUGUGUGUGUCUGUGUGUGUGAGCACGUGUGCGUGCGUGCAUGCGUUUGUGUGUGUGUGUGUGUAUGCACAAGUGUGUGUGUGGAGGGAACGCCGAGCAAGAAGGAGACCUUACACCUCUCGUCUCCGCACUUCAGAGAGCGUGGGGACAGCCAUGAGGACCACACACAGAAGACACAGAGCCACGCGUGUGUGUGUGUGUGUGUGAGUGUGUGUGAGCACAGACCACUCCUUUGCAGCUCCAUGUGGACACAGAGAUGACCAUGUACCCUCGCUGGUCCUUAAACACACUGACCAUCAUAUUCCUCCUGCUGUCCACCGCAGCUCUCUCGGCACACUUUCGAGUAUGCGAGCCCUACGCCGACCACAAGGGGCACUACCACUUUGGGUUCCACUGCCCCCGUCUCUCUGACAACAAGACCUACAUGUUCUGCUGUUACCAUAACAACACGGCCUUCAAGUACUGCUGCAACGAGACAGAGUUUCAGAGCGUCAUGCAGCUGAACAUCACGAGCACGGAUGGCUUCGCACACAAUAACUACACGGCCCUGAUUGGCGUGUGGGUGUACGGCUUCUUCGUGAUGGUGCUGCUGGCGCUGGACUUCAUGUACUACUCGGCCAUGAACUACGAGGUGUGCCGCGUCUACCUGGAGAAGUGGGGGCUGGGCGGCCGCUGGCUCAAGCAGGCCCGUAGCCAGUGGCAACGCCACGCCCGGGAGGCCGACGAGGCGGCGGCCGCCGGGCCCGAGCCUGGGGCUGGCCUGAUCCUGGGGCCCCAGCACCACCACCCACAGCCCAGCCUCAGGGGGGAGCCACAGAGCCCCACCCUCAUGACCUUCCAGACCUCCACCGCCUGAGCCGUGUCCUCGCCCAGGUGCUGCUGCGUGGAGCGAGCGGGGGGUGGAGCGAGCGGGGAGAGGAGCGAGCGGGGAGUGGAGCGUGACUGUCUGACUGAGAGGACCUUUCCCAUCCUCCCCUAUCACAUCAACCCUCACCACACGGACUCUACUCCUCACAUGGACAACAGGCCCUCUGGGGCCCCAGCAG